AUGGCAAUACUAACAGCCGAUGCGAACUAUAAUCAGUUCGCUGAAAACUUUGAAGGAUACUCUGAUAUUAAAACCUGCGAUACAAUUUCUGUUGAUACCACUUUCCUUGAAGAUAUCGAAAAUUCACACAACUUGAACACUAGUCAAUCUACAUGCACUUCUUCAAAAAUUAUUAAAGAGCCUAUUGGUUACCGCGGUUGUAUUGUAAGUACUGGAAUACAAAAACAGGUGAAAUUGUUGACGAGAAAAAGUAUACUGAAGGAAUCCUCACAACCCGACAUUGAUGUGAACUGUGCAGAAGAAAAAGUUCAAAUUGACUUUAGUUAUUUGUACCCACAUUCAACAUCUGUACUCGAUAAAUGGGAGACCUUUAAACUCAAAAUAAUACCAUUGCUAAGUGAGAAGUUGUCGGACCCGGCGCACUUGCAGCAACUGGAAAAAAUAAGAUCAGAAGAUAAAGGAUCGGACCAACUCAUAGCGCUACUACUACAUGUUUUGCCAACUAUAAAACGAAAAGCGAAUAGCGUAAAAAAGAUUUGCAGGUCUACUGUCAAAGAAUCGCAGAUAUCAUUUCUCCUUCAUGUAAUUACGGCCAACGAUGUUGAAAACAGUUUAGAAAAGCUGAAGAGUUCUCUUUACGACCGUGGUGAGACCUUACAACCAAUUGUAAUUGCAGUUGGUUAUAAUUUAAGUGACUCAAAAUUUUAUGUUUAUUUCGAUGAAAUCAAAUAUGAGAUGCCUUGUUGUUUAAGCGCCUUUCAUACCUGUUUUAAAGUGUUUCAUGUAUUGAAUUUAAAAUACCCUGGCGAUAGCUUAGAGUAUUGGAUGUUCGUUCAAAAAUAUUUUUAUUGUGUACAUUUAAAAGACGACAAGCCAUCUCCUAACGUACUAUGUUUAAUUAACAACCUAAAAUAAUAGGUUUUUAAGCCUUAAUUAUUAUAUUA